UCACUUACUUUUUGCUUUUAAAUUGGAACAAUACCUUUUCCCAAAGAUUGUGUGUAAAGCCUCCAAAUCCUGUGGCAGAAAGGCUUGGAAUGGAAUCAUUUUGCUUGUGCUCAGCUUCCUGUGAUGACACCUGCCUUUCUCUCUGCUUGAGCGCUCUGCUUUACACCUUGGAUUUCCCAGCAGGGAUCUUAACAUCUCUCUAUAUAUUUACUUAUUGGUGCUUAAAGCAUAUGCAGUGGUGGUUUUACUUGUAACUCUGGUUUUUGUCUCUUCAGUGUAUCUUUAAUUAGAAGUGCCUGCUGGCUUUCAGACGUGCUCAUCCCAGAGCCUUGCAUCCAGAAUGCGGUGCUACUUCUUCUCAAGCCUUGGUUAAUGCCAAAUUAUUUUAAGCAAAAACAGUAAAAAGGGAGAAUCUCUUUUUAGAUUUCGCCUUUGUUGAAUAUUGCUGCCAGAAAUCCUGCAUUUUGUCUGAGCUGGCUUUAUGUAAUGGCUUCUCCAUGGUAUUACCAUGGUGGCUGGGAAGCAGAUGUGACCAAGUGCAAGUGAUGUUUUUGUUUAGUUCUUCUGUACAUAUCCAAGGGCUACAGAGCUGGAUAACUUCUGACCUGCCAGGUUCAUAUCCCCACUGCCCCCCAGGAUAGAGAUCUGCAUGUUUUCUGCUCAAUCUCCACGGGGGCAGGUGCUGCAAGUUGUGGCAGUGUUUCAUUCAGAUGCAGGAUCCAUUUUCCCUGUGGAGAGAUUAGUUAUGAGCAUUGCUUCACACUAAUCCCCCUUAGGGCAGGCAAACCCUGUGGAUAUUGUAGGAUGAGCCACAAAAACAUGAGGGUUUUUUAUGGGCAGAGAAGGACUGAGAGUCUCACAAAUAAAAAUGUUCUGCCUCUGAGCUUGUCAGGCCUUUGAGCUGAGUGCUGCUGUGCAUUAAGCAGAGCAGAUGCUGCUUAGUGAGGACCAUGAGGAAGGUGAACUCCAGUUUGUCUUGGUGAUUGAACAAAUUCAGGUUGUGUGGCCUCAUCCUGCCUCCCUAAGAUGCCCAUGCUGAAUUAUUCAUGCUGUGUUUUCUGGGAAUGCUGAGUUUGAAAUCCAUAAACAGCAAAGAGAGCAUGUUGGUGAAGGUGGCAUCUGCCUCACGCUCUGUCUCGCCGGGGUGGCUGAGUGUAGCAGUAGGAGCUGCAUUUGGUAGGUGUAGCUGUGAAUUCCCAUAAACACUCUGUUGUGGUUGUUGGUGGCAGUACGAGCUCCUUGAGAAUACAAAGCACUUCAAAGGGAGGUUUCAAGGGAUGUUUCUUCGUUUAGAAUAAAAUGCAAAUACUGUGUGACCUCAAAACGGGGAAAACCUCAUCCGUGGAGUAGAAAAGGGGAAGUGCUCCUGUGCAUAGUAAAAUAGGAACAGCUCUACAACUGAUUGCUAUUCCAAAUAGGGCACCAAGAAAGCAGUAAUAACUUACAGGCUUGAAACUGCCAAGGAGUUUGACCUGCUUACACUAAAUUCGUGCUCUGGGUUCUUUUCUAGAGGAGUCCCUCUCGUUUCUCUGCUGUAGAUUAACCCUCAAGGGCUAAAGUUGCUCUGUACAUGUGUUCGUGCAAAUGUGGGAGCCUGAGACAGCAGUGUUUGUGCUGAAACCGAGCAGGGGUAUUCCUGCUCUCAGAGGUGAAAAGCACACUCAGUAUAACAUGUAUCUGUCUCUUUAUCGGGUUUUUAAGAAUGGUUUUCCUUUGUUCCCUCCCCCAGGCAGAAUGGAAUUCAGGAAGAUGGGAUUACCCUGUUAUAAAGCUGACCCAUUGUGCUGCCUUUCAGCAUUUUCUUUAUCUCAUUUCCAGGGCAGGAACUCCCUCUCUUUCCCAUAAGGCUGUCCCUAUCCUUUUGAUGGGUUUAUACAGGAUUUCCUGCUGAGUCAAUAGCGGAGGAGUGCAGGGAGAUAUCAGUCGGGAUUCGCAGGGAGCCUGUGCUCAGCCGGAGGAGGUUCAGCCCGGCGGAGGCAGAGCAGCGCUGCCUUUUGACUUAUCCCUUGGAGCCCUCCACCCAGUCCCUCCAUGUCCAUAGCCAGCAAGCACUUCUCUCAUCAUGAGUUCUGAAUUAAACGUUCCUGUGGAUCCUUCCACUCCUGCCUGCUGCUCUGAGCCUGGCACCAAGGGCAUGGAUUAUCGGGACUGGGUCCGGCGCAGCUACCUGGAACUGGUCACGUCCAACCACCACUCUGUGCAAGCCCUUUCCUGGAGAAAACUGUACCUGAGCCGAGCCAAACUGAAAGCCUCCAGCAGAACCUCUGCUCUGCUCUCUGGAUUUGCAAUGGUCGCCAUGGUGGAGGUGCAGCUGGAGGUGCAGUACAAGUACCCCCAGAUGCUGCUGAUCGCCUUCAGCGCCUGCACCACGGUGCUGGUGGCCGUUCACCUCUUCGCCCUCCUCAUCAGCACCUGCAUCCUGCCCAACGUGGAGGCCGUGAGCAACAUCCACAACCUGAACUCCAUCAGUGAGUCCCCCCACGAGCGCAUGCACCCCUACAUCGAGCUGGCCUGGGGCUUCUCCACCGUCCUGGGGAUCCUCCUGUUCCUUGCUGAAGUCGUGCUCCUGUGCUGGAUAAAAUUCCUGCCCGUGGGCUCCAUCCUGAAAAACGAGACCACCAACGUGGAGAAGCCCAGCAGCCACGCGGGGUGGCAGUCAGCACUGGUGUCCACCAUCAUCAUGGUCCCUGUGGGUCUGAUUUUUGUCGUCUUCACCAUCCACUUCUACCGCUCCUUGGUGCGGCACAAAACGGAGCGGCACAACCGGGAGAUCGAGGAGCUCCACAAACUGAAAGUGCAGCUAGAUGGGCAUGACAGAGGCAUGCAGGUGGUGUGACAGAGCCUGCACACAGCUCAGCCAGGGCUGAGAGCAAAAUACCUGGUCUGCUGCUUGAUGAGACGCACCAGGGAUGGAUUUUCUUGAGGCUUAAAUCUGUAAAUGCUACUUGCCUGCCAUUUCUAGCUGUGGGUUCUUGUGCUGUUCCACAUGCUGGGGGCUCUGCCCUGGUUCUGGUCCCACACACUUGGUACUUAAGUCGACACUGCCGUGGUGUUCAAGCUCAAAACUUUAUCUACCUUAACACUGGUAGCCAAAAAUCUGUAUUUUUUACAAAUGCAAUAUUCCGUUGCCAAAAGUGAAACUGCAUCGGCUGUCCCAAAAGCCUCUCUGUGUGUCUGUGUGUGUAGGACCUGUCUUACCUGUCAGAACUCCCUGGCUGUCAGUGCAGCCACAAUUAACUGGCAGAGCUGAUUAAUGUGGGUACCUGCAGCUGACUCAAGGACAUCCAGGAAAGCACAACAGAAACUGAGAAUGUUGAUCACCAUUGUUCCAAAGCAAGUAUUCCAUAAAUACAUAACCAGAAAGAAAACAGCCUUAGCUUUUAUGUUCUUUUUCUUGCUGUUCUUUACUGUAUUUUUACAGCUUUGGGAUGUAGAAUUUUGAAUUGCAGGAGACUGGGAAGUUCUCUCACACUUUCUUCAGUGGCAUCUGUCACCUUAGGUUGAGUAAGUGCCAAGAUCAUGUUUUUUCCCAAUAAGAGGCAAGAGUGCCCAGGGAAGGCUUACAGGUGUUUUAGAUUUAACAAGGACAUUCUUAAAACGGAACAGUGACAGGGAAUUUAAUGAGACAAGACUUUGAAGGACUAACAAAGCAAGUUUCAAGGAGAUAAAGGAGUGACAGCAAGUACUGUAGAAAUCUGCCACUGUAUCUUCUUCAUUUGUGCAUUGCUGUGAUGCCUUUUGCCCGGUUUGCUAGAGAGAACAAGCCCAGUCCUGUGUUAUUUCAUCAUUUUGUGUUUGGUUUUUUUCUUUUUUUAAUUGGCUGUAGCAUUUUUCUGUCAGAAAUGAAUGCCUCCUUUUCCCUCCACCAAAGCAGAUGACUCCUGUGGUGGAACCUGGAGCUGUCCUGGCGAGCCUGAUGGAGCUGGAUCUGGCAGGAAUGCUGUGUGCCAUUAAAGAGCUAUCCCUUUCCUUUGAGCUCAUUUCUUUUUUCAGCAGCUGAGACAAUGACACUUGCAUGUCUGUGUCGCUUAGAAAGGGAAGCUUGUAAAUUCCAUAGCAUCCUUGUGGGUGAAAACUUCUGUAAAAAAGAAAACCGAUUUUAUUAUAUUUGGUAAAUUUGUGAAGAGAAAAGAGUGUUUUGCAAUCAUCAGCUCUUUUAAGGGAAAGUCAGGCUUUCUGACACACAGGGCUGCAAGAAGCAUAAGCACAUUUUCUUGGCCCUGAUCCUGUGCUAGUUUCCUCCUCUGCACUCCAAAACUGCAGUUUCAGAGUCUCCGAGGCCUUAUAGGUUUCUGAAAUCAUUAAGGAUGUUUAUAAUGUUCUAUUUAACCCUGGGCUCUUAUUCCACUGGGAUUUGAGGCAGUGUAAUGCAUGUCAGCUUCCCAGAAGGGACAGUACAUGCAGACCCCAGGGGAGCAGGGUGAGACUAUCCCAAUAUUCCUCUCUGUCGAGGGCCUUGGGAAACCACCUCUCAUCUCUCUUGUUUACAUGGGAAUGUGAGCAUUGCUGAACAAGUUGCUUAGCACUGUGUCUGUGGCUUUCAUCUGCUGUUCUUGCUGCAGUUGGCAUGUACCAUAUUGGCUGAUGUGCAGCAAAGAAAAAUAGUCUUUGUGUGCUGAAUGACUAAUCUGUACUCAUGUGCAUAUGCAAAAAAGGAGUGUCCUCCAGGAAGUGGGGUGGUCGUGCAAUUCAUAUGAACUCCCCAGGACUCUCCCCUUUCUCCCUCCUCUUUUUACCAUAAUAAAAAUUAAAAGGUUUAUACAACAGAA